ACCGCCACGUUGGUUUUAUGGGUGUAUUACACGUUGGAAGGUAAACAGUUUCUCGAAAGAAAAAAAAAAGUAUAUACAUUUAUGAAGUGAUUAAGCUUAUUAUCGUAUUAGAGUUAGAUUUAACAGUUUAAACAGAUAUUCAGAGAAACUUGUGUGGUCGAAUAUAGUUAUAUGAUUUACCUUCAUAAUGCGUCUUGUAAAUAGUUUAAACCGUGUAGGCCCAUUAACUUUGUUUUAUUUACUAAUUAUAGUAAUAUUAGUCUGUCAAAUAAUUGGAAGUGUAGGUGCAGUCGAGCUUACCUUUGAACUACCAGAUAAUGCCAAGCAGUGUUUCCACGAAGAGAUAACUGAAGGAACUUUAUCAACAGUAGAAUUUCAGGUUGUAACAGGUGGAAACUAUGAUGUCGACAUGAGCCUAGAAGCUCCAAAUCGCCAGAUUCUAUACAAGGGAAUAAAGAAACAAUUUGACAGCUUUACGUGGACAGCUGCUCAGUCAGGUAUAUAUACUGUGUGCUUCAGCAAUGAGUUUUCUACCUUCAGUCACAAACUGGUAUACAUGGACUUUCAAGUGGGGGAUGAAAAACCUCUUCCAGGAGUAGGAGAACAGUUAUCAGCUAUGACCAAGAUGGAAUCUUCAAGUGUACAAGUUCAUGAAAAUUUAAAUACCAUUAUUGACUACCAGACACAUCAUCGUUUGCGUGAAGCUCAAGGUCGAAAGUUUGCAGAAGAUCUGAACUCUAAAGUAUUGUACUGGUCUGUUGGGGAAACCUUGGCUAUUCUAGUUAUAGGCAUUGGCCAGAUUAUCAUUUUGAAGAACUUUUUUACUGAUAAAAAAACUGUUAGCAAAUCUUGAAAUUCUUUUUUAUGAUCUCUGAUUCAGUUAUUUUAAAACAAAAAUGAGGCUUAUUGCCUUGCAUGUUUUUUAAUGUUCACUUGAAGUCAAGACUCGGGCUUGGGACAAAAAUGUUUUGUCUUUGGUUAUAGUAAGGUCAUUGCUGUAAAUGCCAUUUUAGAUGUGGAGACUACAAAAUACCUUUGAGUCAACGUGUUGAAAUAUGUUUGUGAAAUUACUAAUUUUUUAACUAACAUUGGUCAUGCUGUUAUCCUAUAAUUAGUUUUUUUAUUAUGCCAGCCAUCUACAUAUAGAAAUGCAACCAUUUAAUGUUGAGUGUUUUUAGUUUCAGAAUAAGAUCUUUAUUAUUUCAUAUUUAGUUUAUUAAUUUUGAAGUUCCAUGACUUGUUUUUUGCUUUUCAUCCAGUUAAACUUGUGAUUUUCUGUUUCGCACAACAUUUAAGUUUUAAAAUAAUUGCAACCAGAUGUUUACAUAGUAUAGAGAAUCAACUUGCAUCAUAUACUGUGAUGCUAGAAUCUGAAGUACAGAUUGACAAUAAUAUACAGAUAUUGAAUGAAAGCCAGGCUAAAUAUUAUAGCUAAUAAGAAAACAUAAUCUUUAUAUAAAAAAACUUCAAAUUCUCAGGCAAGUCUUUCUUUUUUUGUAGUAUUAGGUUAUUUUGUAGUUUUCAGUGUGAAAGUUGGGUAAAUCUUUCUUUCACAAAGGUUGUGUCAAGUUGAAAAAAAUGUUAGAACUAGUAUUUCUUAUAAUUUAAGGGUAAUGCAUGUUAACAGGUUCAUGAUAAUUGUGUUUGCUCUUAAAAUAAACAAGACUUAAUAUAGC